GUUGAACUCGGAUGAGAUCAUCGAGCCACCGAUUUAUAAUAUUUAUAUUAUGUAUAUACGAUAUACUAUAAUAUUUGCGAUGAAGAGAGCGAUUUGAAAGAAUGAACUCCGACAACUUGUUUGCGCUUGCUGCAGGAUCGGCCUUGCUCAACUCUGCCAUAAACCAUGACGUAUUUACGACCAGAUAAGAUGAAAUUGAUGUGGGUAUCGCCUGAUAAGAGGGAAAUUCCCUCAAACGUAUCUGAGUGAUGCCACCCCACCACACUAUGGCAAGAACGUUCUUUUUCGUCCUCGUUCCCCUCUUCCUGGGCAUCUCCGCCCUCAUCCCCGACCAGGAUUGCCCCGUCGGGUUCUGUGAUCAGGUGACCGAGUGCGCCACGACCGAGAAGGCUCUGUCCGAGGGUGACUGCCCGGAGGAGACGUACUUCGUCGAGGAUGGAGGCAUCUGCGGCUGCUGCCCGGCCUGCCUCCGAUUUUUGGUUGUGCAUUCUGCCCGCCGGGCAGAGCUAAUUCGUCGGUACAGCAAAAUGGUGUCCGGGCCGGAGAAAGCAUUCCGUGUCUUGGCGUUUCAUGAGACAAAAUUGGUUGUUACAGAGCAGAGACAGUUUCGACGGAAGUAUGGGAAGGCUCCUCCAAGCCAGCCAUCAAUUCGUGCUUGGCCCACUAACACUCAGAUCCCCCGAAAUCGACUCGAUCUUGAAAAGCAUUCCCCUUCGCCUCCCAAAGAGGACCGGAACGCCGGCGAACACUGCAUCGUGAAGAGGAAGAAAGCCUUGAAACAAAUCCAUGAUGCAAUCGAGGCGGGAAAGGACAUACCCAGAUGGCUUCACGUCCCGGACUGUCGAGUGCGAAAGGAGGAUGGCACCUACAAAGGGUACUAUGCACCCUAUCAAUGUCAAGGCGACUUGAAUACUGGCAGGUGUUAUUGCGUAGACCCUCUAACGGGCAUCAAGAUAUUCGGCUAUCAAUUCGAGAAAGAAGUCGAGAAAACCAAGGAAAUGAAUUGCGCCUGCUCCUUAAAAAGGAACGAACUGGCGAAGAAAAAAGAGUACUCAACGCUACGUUGCGAGUUGAACGGGAAUUACAAAUCCCUUCAGUGCGAAAAGGACAUCUGCUUCUGCGUCAACGGAACGACGAUAGAAUUCAUCGGACCCUUCCUACCCAAGUCGCUGAUGACCCUGUUGCCGUGUUAUGAUCCCGAGGAGUUCCCAGACGAAAUGUACUACCCUCUCUACUCCUGCGGUUACCAUUACAACCUUUUCCAAGAGCGAGAUGAGGAGCAUGCAGCACAUGGAUCCAUUGCAAAAGCUGUGGACUUUCCUUCCUGCGACGUUGACGGCACCUAUGCUCCUGUCCAAUGCGAAAUCGAAGAAUCGAGUUGCGAAUGCAGCGGGAAAGAUGGGAAGUCCAUUGGCUAUCGAUCGGAAGACACGGUUGAAAGAAACUGCUACUGUGCUCGAGACCUGCAGUUCUUCGGCGAGUUGGGCGAGGUGAUAUCGUUGGAUUGCAAGAACAACGGGGAUUACAAUGAGAUACAGACGAUAGGCUCCGAAGACAGAGGCACCACCUUCUGCGUCGACUACCUCGGAUUCCGGAACUUUUGGGAUUUCCCGAUCAAAUUCAAAUGCUGUUUGAACUGUGCGCAGCUUGAAUGCAAUCUGGAUGAGUUGGGGCUGAACAAUAAUAGCCAGUUGCCGGAGAACUGCGACGACCGUAAGGAGUAAGCCUGAACUGUGACCACUUCCCAUCCCGAAAAUAAAGUUCGUGGAACAGAAAAUGGAAUUGUGACGAGCGGAAUGCGAAGUCUGUUACAGCCGUUCGUGUCAAAUCUUCAUGUAUACCGGCUAACCUCAUAUGAACUUCCAUAAUCCCUUGCAUAAGAAAAUAUAACCGUAAUGCGCGUGUAAGUCCCUCGAACAAUUGCACGGAUGUAACUUUACCUUCCUCGCCCUCAUCGAGACGAAUGACAUUGAUUCGCGAAGCACGAUGAAACGUCAUGAAAUAAAGGUCUUACUUCUAGC